CUUUGUCAACCCACACCGUAACCGGCAGUUCACGCCGCCCGCCCACGAAUAGGAGUAUCCACAGCAUACGACGUGCGUUCUAGACGGGCAUGGCGUCAUUUCACACUAUGCUUAGCGCAUUCGUGCCUGCCAUCGGGGCGGCGUGGACAGCCGGGCGACGCUGGGUGGUGACCUAGUCGACUUCAUACUACGGAUCCGGGACGGACCCUGACGGCCGCGAUGCGGUGGUGACGGACAAAUAGUGAUCGGCUCGUCGCCACGGUAUAUUCUCCACUGACCGCUUUGGAGUAGAACUGACAGCUAGGAAUCUCAACACGUCAAGUGCGGCAGGCGUUUUCUCACUUCCUUCUCUUCCAACCCUGCGCGUUUGCCCCACUAUCAAUCCAACCCAUCUAGCGCCGCUUCUCAGAAAUUCUUCCGCGCGCCCUCUUCAGCAGCGCACCGCAGUCGGAGAGCCACCAUGGCCUCCACGCCCACCGAACACCCCUCCACAAUUUCUACCCUUCCGACGAGACAGAAACCGAUCCCCUACUCCUGCGUCAACGGGCAGCGCACCCCGCUCUCCUCCAUCCUUCCGCCCCUCAUCUUCGGCACCGCAACCUUCAACCACCAAUACAACUCCGACCCCUUCGCGCUCGACACCACCGGCCUCGUAACCUCCGCCCUCACCCACGGCAUCCGCGCCUUCGACACCUCCCCAUACUAUGGCCCGUCCGAGCAAUUGCUGGGCGAAGCGCUGGCGACGCCCUUCGUCCGCGAAACGUUCCCCCGCGCUUCAUACAUGCUCCUGACGAAGGUCGGCCGGAUAGGCGCCGAAGAAUUCGACUACUCCGCCCAAUGGGUACGCCACAGCAUAAAGACUAGCCUGGAGCGCCUGCACACUUCCUACCUCGACCUGGUCUACUGCCACGACGUCGAAUUCGUCUCCCCGGCCGAAGUCCUCGAAGCCGUGCGCGAACUGCGCCGGCUCCGCGACGAAGAUGGCACAAUCCGCUACAUCGGCAUCUCGGGCUACCCGCUCGACGUGCUGGGCGACACGGCGGAGCUGAUCCUCCGCGAGACCGGCGAGCCGCUCGACGCAGUGCAGUCCUACGCCAACUUCACGCUGCAGAACCAGGCGCUCGCGGGGCCCCGCGGCAUCCACCGCCUGCACGCCGCGGGCGUCGGCGUCGUCCCCAACGCCUCGCCCCUGGGCAUGGGCCUGCUGCGCCGCCAGGGCGUGCCCGUCGGCGCGCUCGGCGACUUCCACCCCGCGUCGCGCGAGCUGCGCGCCGCCGUGCGCGCCGCGUCUGCCUUCUGCGACCGCCACGCCGAGAAGCUCGAGGUCAUCGCUAUCCGCUACGCGCUCGAGACGUGGAUCUGCGCCGGCGCGCCAUGCGGCUCCAAGGGCGACCCCGCGUCCGGCGUGCCCUGGAAGCACGAGUCGAACUCUGACGUCGGCGGUGCCAGGCUCGGCGUCAGCGUCAUCGGCGUGUCGCGCGCGCCCGAGCUCGAGAAGACGAUGCUCGUGUGGCGGUCUAUCCUGGACGGGCUGGAGGGCGGCGAGGAGACGGCGGUGCAGGCGGGACGGUGGUACAGGGCGUGGGAGUGGAGCAGGAAUAGGCGGAAGGCGGUGCAGAUACUGGCAGAGGGCGUGCAGGAGGUUCUGGGCCCGUGGUUUGGCUACGCGUGGCCGAGUCCUGGGGAGGGCUUUGUCAAUCGGAGGAAGAAGGAUGUGAGGGUCGUGGUGGAGGAUGGAGAGGCGCCGUGGUUGACGCCCGCGGCGAGUCCGGAGGCGGGGCCUGUGGAUGGGGAAGAGGUGUGUGAGAAGGCGUUGCCGCUGAGGUGAUGCGCGUCUGUGGAUAUGUGGAGGGCGGAUGUGUGCGUGUUUGAAGCACUGCGAUUAGAAGGCGGUAUGAUGCGCCUAUCACGAAUCUCUUUGAAGCAUUUUACAGCUUCCCAUCCAUAGACGGAUCUCAGUGUAGAAUUGCGCUGUAUAGCGCUCCACCGGCGAGGUAUCAUUUCGUCACCCUUACAAUAUAUCGCAUCUUUCCCGAUUCAUAAGCGUUUACGAAGCAUCUGUCCUAUA